CGCGACAUCCCACGUUCCUCAACUCUAGCUUCAACCGCACCAAUUCCACCUCUAAUCACCGCCAAAACCCACCACAACCCACGACCAACGCCUCUCCGUUUCCACCAUGAAGUUAGAUGAGGAUGUUCUCGCCGACAUCACGAAAGGUGGCGCGGUCGAUCUAGACCUCUGGCCAGACCUCCUCAAGUGCCUUCUCGCACGCCUGGACACAAUCACUACCGACAACUUCCCAAAGCCCACGGCCGCAGAGCUUCUCGCCGGCGAAAUCUCCCCCGCGACCACUCCCCUCCUCGAGAGCAGCAGCACGCAGCCCGACCCAUCUUCGCAAGCGUCAACGCAGCCCACCUCCUCCCCGCCGGUCGCGCAGCAGCAACCCGCCCCACCACCAAUUCUCGGCCCUUCCUCCAGCACCUUAACGGAGGUUGUGACACCUCCCCGCUCCCCCGUGCCUCCGCCCCACCCCUCGGGCCUGCACUCCGCCGACCUCGCUGUGAUCGCCUCGCUGCGCGACACCCUGACGACCACCUUCGCGGCAGCCCCACCGCACACGAUCCAGCGCCUCGCGGAGCUUCUUCUCGUGCCACGCCAGCACUACACCUCGCUCCCCAAGUACCUGCGUGCUCUACAGCGCGUCCUCUCCGUCUCCUCAACAGCCACCGCCUUCCCCCUGGAGCCCGCUAACUCCGUCCUCCAGAAUGGCGGAAACAGCGGUGCUACCGGCGGAGUCAACGGCACCUUUGGACUCGGCAGCGAUGAAUCUCUUGGAGGCGCGCUGCUGACUCCGAUCCCGUGGUUGAUGCGCGACGACUGUGGCGGCGAGGCGGAAGAACACGCGCUGUCGCCCAGCCCGGGCCCUGCGCCGGGGGUUGGCGUCACCCAGGGAGAACUGCUCAGGAUGGAGCAGGAGGCUGGUGUGAUCCCUGCGAAUCAGGUACAGAUGGGUGAGGAGGAGAGGAAGGAAGUGCUCAAGAUUGGCGCGGAGGAUGUCGGUCCGCAGCCUGAGGGUACGGUUUUCCCAGAUGCCCCCGCGACUGAGGAGGAGAUUGUGCUCGAGAGACGGGACGAGGAGAUGGGCGAUGCGCCGCCGGCUGUGGCUGAGACUGUGACCGCGACCAUUACAACCACAGCGGAGGUCAGGGAGGGCAGUGGUGAGAAGGAGAAGGAGAAUGACAAUGGAGUGGGUGAGCUGAAGAAGGACAAGAACGAGACGAAGGGAGAGGACGAGAAGAUGCAGGAUUAGGAACCGUGGUUCUUGUGAAUCUCACCUUCUACUACGGGGAAGACAGACUGUAUAAUAGCCUUUACUUCAUGACGAUAUCACGGCCAUGCGUUGCAAUUUCAAAGACAACUUACGAGCAUACGAGC